AUGCUCGCUGGCAAAGCCUCCGCGGGCAGAGCCUCGGUUUUCAGCAGCAAAUCCGAGGCCUCUGGACCUUUGUCUCCAAACUCCUCGGUGUCGGGCCGCAAGUCACGGAGAACGAAAUCAGGAACCAAAGACUCUGGCGGCCACGGCUCCCAAGAGUCGAGCUCCAUCGGGGAGGACUACCUCAUUGCCAAGGAAGGAUCCAAUUCCUCGGACAAGUUCAUUGUGGGAGUCAUUGGUGCCUCGUUAAUGAUUGUACAGGUAGUCGUGCUCAUCAUCGGACUGACUUCAUGGCUUAAGGUCGUGCGAGGAGCUGAGUUUGACAAGACUGUCAAAUAUGGUGAUCCAGCAGAUAAACAUUCACAUGCUCCUAAGAUUUUCCCAAGUCCUCAAGUUACUGGAGGCUUCAUACAUAAGCGCAAAAUUCAUGUAUGUAAUGUAAUGUAA